ACAAAAGCACCCCCUGAUUUUAGGAGCAGUUACACAUCAUCAGCUUCUUUCUCUGGCUUUAUUUUAGCUCUAAACAGCAAGAAUGUAAGUGGCACGGCGGAAUAUUUAGCUGUCUGGAUGUUUGGCCGAUAAAGCGACUUAUCCUAGCCGCUGUUGUUCUCUCCAAACUUGUUUUUGUUUGUUGAUUCGGCAGCUAAGCUAGCUCUGAGGUUAGCUCACCUUCAUCUGGACAUAAACGUCUGAAACAACCAACAAGUUAUUAAAUAUACUGCAUAUCUGUCCUUCAAGAGGCGGUUUUACAAAACCUCAGUUUUGAUCCAGUAGAGAUGGGAAGUCUGGGAAGCAGGUUCCAGUCCCCCUCUCAGGGACCAGAGGAGGCUGCAGAGGGCACAAGUACAUUCAGUCACAAACAUGGAUGUGAAUGUAAGAAGAGGAAACGAAAUGCUCAGUGUGACUGUGACAGCGAGCAGGAUGAAGAUGAUGCGAUUCUAGAUACACCUCGCAGGAAGAAAUUGAAAAGCACAUCCAGAUACAUUUAUCAGACAUUGUUUCUGAAUGGCGAAAACAGUGACAUUCGCAUUUGUGCCCUGGGGCAAGAAUGGAACCUUCACAAAGUAUAUCUGUGUCAGUCUGGAUAUUUCUCCAGCAUGUUCAGUGGCUCAUGGAAGGAGUCAAACAUGAUGGAAAUCAGCUUGGAAAUUCCAGACCAGAACAUCGACACGGAAGCUCUGCAGGUUGUAUUUGGAUCUCUGUACCGGGAUGACGUUCUGAUCAAGCCCAGCAGAGUCAUCAGUAUUCUCGCCGCUGCUUGCAUGCUCCAGCUGGACGGUUUGAUCCAGCAGUGUGGAGAAACUAUGAAGGAAAACAUUAGUGUGAAGACUGUGUGUGGCUACUACGCUUGUGCGAGUAUCUAUGGCUUGGAUUCAGUAAUGAAAAAGUGUCUUGAGUGGCUUCUUAACAACCUGAUGACUCACCAGAAUGUGGACUUGAUGAAAGAACUUGGGGUGGAGGUGAUGGAGCAGCUCAUCCAGUCCUCAGACCUGUUUGUCAUGCAGGUGGAGAUGGAUGUAUACACUGCUCUCAAAAAGUGGAUGUUUCUGCAGCUUAAUCUGUCAUGGGACGGCCCCAUCAAGCAGCUGUUGGCUGAUGCUGACGCCUGGCUUUGCAAACGCAGAACAGACCUUUGUGAACAGGAGCCCUUCUUGAGUACAGAGGACGGUGCACCAUUUCGGUCAGUUUUCAAAUAUGUUCGCCUUCAGUAUAUCGUCAACGAUCUCGCAUCUGCACGAAUCCUGGAGAGAGACAAUAUUCUGCCCCCUGAUUGGUUAACGUCCGUGUACAAAAAUCAGUGGUUUGCGAUGCUCCGGACAGAAUUUGACAAUGAUAAUGGUCCCCAGGAAGCGAACAAAGAGGAGUUUGAGCUGAGCAGUAUGAGGUGCGGCAGGAAGUUGACUAAAGAUGGAGACUACUGCUGGCGUUGGACGGGUUUUAACUUUGGUUUUGAUCUUCUGGUGACCUACACAAACCGCUUCAUAGUAUUUAAGAGGAAUACUCUAAGUCAACCAUGUGGGGGCGCUGUGAGUCUCCAACCACGGAGACAUCUGGCAUACAGGUUACGUCUUGCAUCCUUUGAUAACCGCGGAAAGCUGGUCUGUAGUCGAUCAACGGGGUACCAGCUUCUGACUUUAGAGAAAGACCAGGAGUAUGUGGUGAUGAACCUGGACAGCCGUUUGUUAUCAUUCCCGCUGUAUGUGUGCUGUAACUUCCUGUAUACGUCGCCUCAGUCAGACCAGCGUCCAGACUCUUCAGAACAAGAGAGCAGCACCCGCAGCUUAUCCUGAUGUCUGUUCAGCACCCGUGAACUUCUGCCGUUCCACUGGUGAUGCUCAGACACAGACACCAUCUUGUAUGUACAAUCGACCACCACAUGUACCACUACUCUGACAUUUGACAAGUCACCUGCAUGCUCUGUACCUCAGUGACGUGUUUGGGGAAGAUGUUUUGUAUCUGUGUAUUCAGUGUUAUGGCAUAUUCUACGUUAACUUCACAUAAGUAUACAGAAUAAAGGAAACACAUCAGAGUGUACAAGAGGGUUAAGCCCCCUCCCCCCUUGCUGUCAGAGCAGCUUCAUCAUGCACUGUUUGCAUUGGGAUGUUGGACCAGUCUCCAAGGUGGAAAACCAUCUGUGGUUUGGACAUUUGAGAAGCCGAAAACUGUUCUUCAGAGCUUUCUGGGUUCUGAGGUUUCAGAGGGUUCUGAUUUUUUUUUUUUUUUUUUCUACAGUAGGGUUAUAUGAGGUACUUGUCUAUAGUCGGUGUGUUGCCUGUAGUAGAUUGUGGUUGACAGAAUAUUUCUGCUGCUGUGGAGAGGACCAUGAGGACAACCACAGUAAAAUUAUUAAAUCUACCUUGUAUAUUUAGAAUAUUUUCACCAAUUUAUCAGGCAAUCAGUGGACUCACCCGUCACUCUUUUCAAAAACGCGUGGAUGCUUUGACAAAAGCUUAAAUUUAUGUUAGACAGGAGUUUCAGGCCUACUGCUGCCUCAAGGUUAUGUUUUAUUUAUUUAUUAUUUUUUUUACAUGAAACUUGCAUGGUGUUUUUGUCUCGCGGCGAUAUAACUGCUUUAAUUUUAGAAAAGGCUUUCUAACAGCAAGGUGCAGUGGUGAAAAUGUUAAAUAUGGCACAUAUUCCAAGAACAUUUGGUAUAAAUCAUGAAAAAAUGUAAAGCAAUACACCCCCUCCUCUCUGUUCAAGCACUAAUUGAAGAUAUUAGUGAACAAAGCAGUGACACCACUGUGGAAAAGCAAUGCCAAAAUAUCACUGUCAGGGGAGCUGCCAUGUUGCUUCUGUGAUGAGCCCCAGAACAGAGUAACACAGAUGCAUCUGACAGAAUCCCUGGUCUCUUAAAAGACCUGUGAUGUCCAGCCAUGAUAGAUCUUCCAAAGCCUGAACACUCAACGAUGAUGAGAUGCAGAAGUGUUUACUCUCCAACUGAAAGAAUUACAAUAUACUGGAAGAGUAUUAAGGACAUUUUGCCCAAAGAAGCCCAAAAUAAUAUUGCUUUUUGAAGCUGAAAUGUGCUCUUUUACUGACCCAUCCACAGAAGAACAUUCUUUAGCUUCUGUGCCAGUACUUUUUUAUGUGUGCCCCAAACUGGAGCCUUCAUUUACAACAGAUAAUACACAGGCUAGGAAGUACCUCUCAUAACCCCACUUAGAAAAAAAUAAACAAACCCUUUAAGGUCAAUAUAAGGCCAUGGAUGAGGUUAAAGACAGUCAUCUAGAUAAACCUCUUAAGUAAUCUGCCAGAAAAGCUGCUGCACUGACUUCUUUGUACAGAUUCUAAUCUGUUGUAUCUUUUGGGACGUGGUCAGAGGAGUGGCCUGUGAUCUGCACAUAAGUGACUGGAGCCUGUCGAUUUAUCCUGCUAGUGUUGACAACAUGCACUCCCACAACCAGUGCAGUCCUGAUUGCUGUUGAAUACCACACUACACACAGUUGACCACAAGUAAAAGAGAUUUUGCAUCUUCCUCUUUAAAUUCCACUGGAGUAACUUCUGGGAGUUUGGGCUGCAUUGCCACAGACUCAAAACUAAGAAGCAUCGUUACUCUCAAAUCACCUCUUAAAAUGAAUUUCCUCAGAUGUCAUGAACUAAAACAUUGUAUUCAUUUGACUGAUGCAGAUAAUACAAAUAUUGGCUGUACUUGGUUGUACAUACAGAUGAGUUAAACCCAAGUGACCAUGUUGUUUUAUGUUUGUAAGUGAAACAGAGUUCAGUCCUUCAACAUUUGUCAUGUUUUUGUUCAUUAACGUCAUUUGUUGUCAGUUCACUGUUGGACAUUCAGUAACUGACACCAGCUACAUAAUCACACAUACUGUUUUGUGAUUUAUGCAGCGUUAACCAGCUACUCAAAUAUUUGACUGUUCCCUUCAACACAUUACGCACAUGUGAAGUUCAUGCUGUCAUACAUUUAUUCGGGUCUGACCUGUUUGGAGGUUUUGGAGAUCUGUUACAGUUACCUCAUGUUGUUGAUUAGUAAAUUUGGGGAUUUUCAUGAUGUAUGUAUUGGACAUGUACUGCUAACACAUUCAUAUAACCUGCCUGUAUAGCUCCACCUGUAAAUGUCAUUAUGCUUAAACAUGGUUUAUUUAGCAUUUAUUUAUUUUUUACUUCAUUUGUAUGGAUUUAUUUUUGAAAAAACACACGUGUACAGUUUUGAACUGCCAAUAAAUCUGCCCAUUCACGUGGGCUGUGGUGCUAUCACAUGGGUCUUUACUGCAGCUGUACCAUUAUUGCUGUAUUAUUAUUAUUGUUGUUGUUAUUAUUAUUAUUAUUAUUACUAUUAUUAUUAUUAUUACACUUGAUCAAUACUGAGCUUGUCCUCUACUGACUUUUUUCUCUUUUAUUGGAACUUAAUGGUGCUUGUGUACCAUAUCAUAUUUGGUGACAUUCUCAAAGCCCGCUUUAUUCCCUCUUUAUUUUCCUACAAAUAUUAUUCCUUACAUUCAGAUGAGACUACUUGUAAAUAUGUUUGAUGUUACAUUUUAUGACUGAUGGAUGUACUCGUUGAACAACCUGAAAAAGUAAUCAUACUUCACUCAACUCCCUUUGAAAACACCCACUUUUUUAUUAUCUAAGGUAACAUUUAAAUAAAGACCAGCCUAUUACAUUCAUGAACAGAUAGACUAAAAAUAUCAGAGUAUAUAUCAUACUUCCUGGCUGUUAAGAGUGUCUUCAAGAGGAGCUUCUAGUGAUCUGGUUUCUAAUGUUUUUCUCAAUUUACUGUACAUUUUGGACUGUUACAAUGCUUUAUACAUUCUUGGAUAUAACAGCCUCUAUUUGUGGUUGAGAAGAAAUUUUUUUUUUUUUUUUUCUGAAAGCUCGGUCAUAAACAUUUUUACAUCUAUAAUUUAAAACAUAUUAACAUUUAAUCUUCAUAUCAACUCAUGACUGGUUCUUUCAUAAUUGGAUGCAAUGACUCAACUUGUUCUUAUCUACUGGAUUAUAUGGUCAGGGAUAUUUUUCCUAAUACCACUGUGCUUAUCUUCCAAAAAGGUUUUUCAUGAUCAUGGCCAAACCCCUAGCUGAUGGCAUUAGGACAUUGUGUGAAGGAGCACUUAGUAGAUUUGGACCAAUACGUGGCUUGGGGACUUCACAUCAGGUUUACUGUGCGUGUUCGCUGCUUCUUGUAUCAUUUUCUUCUGCAGUCAUUCAGGCUGCCACCUUACAGUGUUGCCUUUCAUGUACCAUUAUUUGUAUGUAAUUAAGAGUAAUCUUUGCAGUCAUUAAAAUAUGUGCAACAAAAC